CGCUACCAGGCACGGAACGAGUGGGAUCUUCUAGGAACCGCUGGUUGCAUUGUAGCCAAACUUUUCAUCUACAGCAAUCAAGCAGCUGACCAUGGCUACCCCCUCAGCCCCACACAACACUGGUGGCAUGGUGGUUGUCACCCAUGUGUACCCUCAGCAAGAUGCCCAAGGCGAUGGCCUACCCCAGUCAGGAGUUGCCCCACCAGCGCUGCCCUCCUCUCGACUUCAAACGUUCCUGAAAGGAGAGCCACCGAUCCUGGGUGCUAUCCAGAUAAUGAUUGGGAUAUUCAUAUUGCUGUUUGGCAUCAUUGGUAUAUUUGAUCCAGCUAUGUCAUUCAUCAGUAGCCACAUCUUUGGAGGUGCAAUUUACCUUACAGCUGGUUCUCUCACAGUCAGGGCUUACAAGAGACUCAGCACCUGCAUGGUCAAAGCUUCCCUGGGGAUGAACAUCGUCAGCGCCAUCAUGGCGGGCCAGGCCAGCAUCCUCCUCAGCAUGCACUUCAUUUCCCCAGAAGACUUCUUUUUCUGUAGCCGCCUCGGGGGGGACUGUGGAUACGGACAGGCCAGUCAAUGGGGAGCCAAGGUUGGCGUGGUGCUGGUCCUCUCCGUGCUGCAGUUCAUCAUCUCCAUCGUUGUGUCUGCAUUUGGCUGCAAAGCCACCUGCACACGUGAAUCUCAGGCGGUCAUGUACAUCACCAAUCAGAUCCCUGCCUCUCUUCUGACCGCCCCACCGUCUACCAAUGAGAUCCCUGCCUCUCUUCUGACCGCCCCACCAUCUACCAAUGAGAUCCCUGCCUUUCCUCUGACCGCUCCACCAUCUACCAAUGAGAUCCCUGCCUCUCUUCUGACCGCCCCACCAUCUAUUGGGCCACUCGACACAUCUGAGUUGGCACAUCCACCACCCUAUGUGCUGGUGGCGCCUGCUCAUCGCGGUGAUACUGAGAGCGCCCCUACUGGCCAAUUUGAAGAACUGCCACUGCUGAAGUAGUCCUGCUCAGGAGGAUACCUCUGGAUUCCAUAAGGAAUUAAUACAUACAUGCGUACAGUACACACAACACCUCUGAAGACAUACAUACAUACAUACAUACAUACAUACAUACAUACAUACAUACAUACAUACAUACAUACAUACAUACAUACAUACACACACACACACACAUACAUACAUACUUACAUACAUACUUUCCUAUACAUACAGCAGCUCUUGCCAAUAUUAGGGUGUUUUCACAUUCUGUAAUCCAUAUACGAAUCUUUUUUUGUUGUUGUAAGUUUUAUACAUUUUUUUAUACAUAUCCUCCACAUUGUGACCACAAAACGGGUUAUUUUCCCCUUUUCCCUCUGUAUUGCUUUAUAAAGUUGUGAACGCUUGAUGUCCGCCCAUACACAAGACUGUGUAAGAUCAGAAGACAUUGAUUUUUACUUUCAAAUUUGUAAUUAACUGCCAUAUAUGGCAACAAUGUUGGCCUGGUUGAUAGUAACGUCAGAGGGAAGUGAGAGGUAGGAGGCAUAUCUACCAGAGGAGAGUAAGGGGAGUGGAUGGCUGAAGAGGAGAGUAAGGGGAGUGGAUAGCUGAAGAUUAGACAUGCAGGCAAGAGGAUUGAGUUAAUGGUCAAACGUGGGCAAACAAAUUUUUGACAUAUUGCAGGUUUUUUUUUUUUUUUUUCAAACACUGCCUUUUCCACCAGUUUUGGUGAUGAUAAAUAAUCGAGUAAGGCGGGGGUCGUAAACCAGGCUAAGUUAACCUACAGAAUUUGGUGAACUUGCUAAUAGAUAUAGCUGCAACUGCAGACAUCAUUCAGGUAAGAUUAAGACAAUGAGAACUCCUGGCUCUUCUAUUAGAUGAUUUACCUCUACCUCAAGGGUAACUAAAGCCGGUUUAAUACUGAACCAGCUGCGUAGUAUACCCUCCUGGAGUGAACAGAAAAGUCUGUUAUCCUUGUUCUUCUACUGCCAGUCCAUUUUUUGGUCCAUUUUACAGUUCAGGUGGUCCGAGUUUGGUUUUUUUUAAGGGGAUUGUAUUUGUAGGUGAAAAAAAUGCCCUUGAGUGCAUUUCUCCAAACCAUAGUUGCUAAAUAUGCAUGUUAGCUUGUUUAUUGGCUGCAAUGCAAUUUCCCAUUGGUAGCAAAUAUGGUUUUGAGAAACACAACCCGGCGUGACACUGUCUCGUUAUAAUCACGUCGUGUUCUGUGUUUGUGGCAGUUCCUUGUGCCUUCAUAUAGCCCACCACUAUAUGCCUUCAUAUACUGUACCUCUACCUAUUUAGCUGAGUUUUCCAACUCUUUGUUUUUCACUAAAGUGUUUUGGGGCUUUACUGGUCACUGGUGUCUGUGCCCAGAUAUUCAGGUUAUUUUCAUGAUGUACAGUACAUACAUAUGUGUAUAUUGUU